CAAAAACGUCAAAGUCAUCUUCGGUGCGUGUAUUGAGCAGAUGUGCAUUAGCCUCCAUUUUUCUGUUGUAUCUGCUCGGUAUUAGAAGUUCAUUACGUUUUUAAAAGGCAACUCAAAAGUGCACAGUAAAAUGCAAUCUCUACGCAAAACUACUGCAUGGAUGAUUCCCAGUGGAUUGAGAGUCGCACGCAUGAGCGCCGGUGAGAUGGGUAGUGGUGCCGGUAAGGGUGGCGGUGGUGGCGGAUCGAUUCGUGAUGCCGGUGGUUCUUUCGGCAAAAUGGAGGUCGCUCACGAGGAAGAGUACUUCUACAAACAGCGCCAGGAACAGCUCGCUAAGCUUAAAAAGCAAGCCAUUAAUCAGGAAGAUUUCCACUCGGAAUCGAUCAAGCACCAUGAAGAAGCCAUCGCACGCCAUAAGAAAGCCAUGGAGCAGCUGAAGAAAAAAUAAAAGCACCUGCCGUAAGCGAUCGCUCGAUAGAGAGCAUCAGAUCAAUGUGCAUCACGGAUCCAGCACGGGUACUUAAUGUUUGUAUGUGCACUUGUAUGUGAUUGAAGCAGAGUAUUAUCCCCGUGUCCGUUUUCCCGGUGGUGGUGGGUUGAAGUAUUUUCGGAUAUGUUAGAAUAAAUUAUAGAAUUCAAUUCACAUACUAA